CCCCGUGAGCUCACUCUCACUUUCUUACAGCUGUACGCAGUCACAAAACUCAGUUUGGAUUAUUGAAAGUAUUUUUUUCUUUUACAAAACAUGGCGGCUUUGAUAAAAAAUGAAGUUUUCUCCUGUUUUGUGUUCUACAGCGUGCUUCUGGUGAUAAAAAUGUACAUCAUUGCGAUUAUAACAGGACAAGCGAGGCUGCGUAAAAAGGCUUUUGCGAACCCGGAGGACGCGCUGAGACACGGAGGUUUACAGUUUCACAGAGAGGACCCGUACGUGGAAAGAUGCCGGAGAGCUCAUAUCAAUGACAUGGAGAACAUCCUCCCAUUCCUUUUCCUGGGUGCCAUCUACUCCAUGACCGGACCCUCGCUAGCUGUGGCCCGCCUUCACUUCCUGGUCUUCUUCGUGGGUCGAGUUCUGCACAGCGUCGCCUACCUGUGUGCCCUGCGAGCACCCACUCGCUCUCUGGCCUACACUGUUGCACAGAUUCCUUGCAUCUCUAUGGCUCUGCAGAUCCUAACAUUAGUCGCAGCGUAUGCUUAAAUAAGGUUUCAGAAUUGAGAAACCGAACCUUGAGGUGGUGUUCUGGCCUGAAGGAAGGAUUUGUGGCCUGUCGGAAAAAAACGGAGAGGAGGAUACCUGAGAGGCCUCCUGGAGGGAGAGCAUAAAAGACAAGAAUGUCUAUGCAAUAAAAGGUGUAGUUAAACACCACAGCCAGGGUAUUGGUUGGUUUUGUCAGUAUUUUAUUGUUAAUUUACAAACUUCAAAUGUGAGAAUGUCUAAAAAUGUAUUUAAAGUCAAACAUGACUCAUGUAUUUAAAAUGAAAAUGAAGGUUGUUUUGCUCGUUUUUUUAACCAGCUUUUGCUUAUAUGGAAUCAAAAACUCACCAACAAAACAUAAGGUUUAAGCCACUUGGGAAAUGUUUCCAGUACUGCACUGUUUGUUCAUCCCUGCCACUUGUGUGUGUGUGUGUGUGUUUACACAUAGCAAAGACCCUCAUCUGUGUGAUGCAGUACCCUCCAUAACUUCAUCUGUUUCCUGUGGGGAUAUUCCAUCUAUUGUCUUGUUGUGCCAUGUUCAAUUAAAUCUCAGCAGAUUCUGGCAUAAUGACUGAAGGUGUGUUGGGAAAUUUAAUCCCAGUCAGUGAAAUAAAUCUAGAUGCUCUUGAUGUGUGAAAGAAACUGUCUUUAAGUAGUUUUUAAGGAAAAAAAGAAAAAUCUUUACGUAGCCUGUGGACUGAGAAUAAAUCUUAGAAUAACUUGUUUUGAAAGAAACUUAGACAUAUCUGUGAAAAAAAGGCCUUGUCUCUCAUGAAAUUGCUCAAUUGAACAAAAGACUGUAUUUAAAGUUUUUUCUGAACUAUUUAUUAUUCAGUUGCAUGUAAACAGUGUUGUUUCUAAGAUACAUUUUUGUAGGCAAUAAAACAAUUCAGAUAUGCAACAAA